CGCUUACACAUAGAUAAAGAUUUAUUCAGCUUCAGUUCAUCAUCAGAUUUUCGUGAAGACGUUUCAAAAAAUUUUUAUUUCAAAAAUGAAUAGUUUCAGGCAUAUUUUAUCUAAUAAAGGAUCCUCCUCGAUUGCUAAAAGAUGUGCCCGAAAUUUUUUAACAACAUCGAAACAAUUCCAAUCCACCGAAGCUGCCGUUUCCGGUCAUUUACCGGUCACCUUUUUGAGCGAUGAUGAGCAAAUGAUGAAGGAAACUGUUUCUAGAUUAGCAAAGGAACAGAUUGCUCCUCACGUGAGGGAAAUGGAAAAUAAUCACAAAAUCAAACCGGAAGUUCUUAAAAUGUUAUUUGAUAACGGGGUAAGUUUAAGUUAAAAAAACUUAUCUCUA